UAUCACGUGGCCAGGCUCGACCUACCAGCUCUGUGUUGGUCAGUGCACUCUAAUCAGUGAAAAAUAAGCACCUCUUUCCCACUCCCGAGGCUGCUUUUAUAAAGCAGGAUAUAGUUUGGAGUGGACCGUGAUAUGACAGCUUCACUUCUCUCAGCCCCUUGGAGGACUGAUGCAAUCAGGUACCUGCACAACAAAAACAGCACAGCUCACUCGGAGAUGGAAGGGCUGGGAGGAGGGAACGUCCCCUCGAACCAAUGCAGGAAUUUUCUGCCUCCGUCUGCGUUCGGGACCCAUCACAACCCUUUAUCAUCGGGUCCCGCGUACUCGGUCGGGGAUCGAGCGCAUUCGGUCAUUUCGGAAUCUGCCAAGCAAUGCACCCCGUGUCCAGCUCCCACCAGCCCUCCCAGCCCGGCGAUCAGCUAUGGCUAUCAUUUUGGAAGCAGCUAUUACAGUUGUCGAAAUGUUGGCAUUCAGCAGACUGCUCUGAAGUCUGGUGCUCACGCAUCUCUGGGCGGCUAUCCAGUGGACAAAUACAUGGACGUUUCGGGUUUGACCAACACCUCUGUUCCCAGUGACGAAGUGUCAUCCAGGGCAAAGGAGUUCGCUUUCUAUCAGAGCUACCCCAACCCGUAUCAGCGUGUCUCUGGCUACUUAGACGUCCCAGUUGUCCCUGCAAUAAGCGGUCACGGGGAGCCAAGGCAUGAAGCCCUAAUACCCAUGGAGACCUAUCAGCCUUGGACAUUUGCUAAUGGCUGGAACGGUCAGGUUUAUUGCCCUAAAGAUCAGACACAGGCUUCACAUUUUUGGAAAUCGCCUCUUUCAGGAGAUGUAAUGCACCAUCAGACUGAUUUAAACAUUUACAGACGAGGGAGGAAGAAAAGGGUUCCCUACACGAAAACACAGCUGAAAGAACUCGAGAAAGAAUAUGCCACAAACAAAUUCAUAACCAAGGAGAAAAGACGACGGAUAUCGACUGCCAGCAACCUCACCGAAAGACAAGUCACCAUUUGGUUUCAGAACAGAAGAGUGAAAGAAAAGAAAGUCGUUUCAAAAAUCAAAGACAAUAUACCUUGAUGCACCAGACACGGUUCCCCAGUGAUGCCGUACUCUGCUGAACUGCAUGUGAUGCGGAAAUUUCUAACCAGAAAAAAUAUGUGGGAACAAAAUGCUAAGCGAUGUGGUCAAAGUUCAAAACACAUCUUCGGAUUUACAAAGAAAUCUUGAAUAGAUCAGUUUCAUGAAGUGUCCCGAGGGUUGGGCAGAAACUUUGCUAUUGUACCUCGCCACCAAGACUCAUCCAAGACUCUCUCUUAAGGAGCGAAAAAUUCCACUAUUCUCCUAACCAUUCGUGUAUUUAUAUUCCGAUAUGGUGCUAAAUGAUUUUUUUUUUGAGUGACUGCAAAGUAUCUCCUAAUAAUUCACUUUUGAUUGAGUUCUUCGUGGGUUCAAAUGAAUUACUGGGGAGUUUAAAACGCGCCUAUAUAAUGGCGACUGCAACUGACAUCUAUCAUUAAGCAAACUGUAAUUAUAACUUUCUGAAUGUAAGGCAAUUCUUUAUUUAACGCUUAAACUUCAGCCAUAUUUAGCAAGAGAGCCUCUGGGCACCCUACAAAUAUGUUCUAAUUGUAAAUCAUACCUAUAUACUAACAGCAAAAUGCAUUCUGUGGUGAAUAAUUCAAAAUAAAGUAAUAAAAAUUCCAUUUCAAAUAAGUGCCAGAUAGAAAUUAGUUGCAAGUGGAGUUGUUCCAGACUAGUUGUGACUUAAUCCCAUAAGAUAUUUAAUCAUGUGAAUCGGCAGCGAAUUUACAAUCAAACACGUUCAUUAUAAAUGUAUUUUCAAUCAGAAAUGAAAGAUGGCUUCUGUUUUCUUGUGUCUCCAAAUUUUCAAGUCAUUUAAUGAAACGUUUCUC